GCCUGACCCCGUGGAGAAUUCGCUAUUUGCUUUUUCCCAUCUCCCUCCCUCUCCCUCUUUCUCUCUCUCCCCCCGAGGCGAAGCUGCGGCUGACAGCAUGACUAGCAGGCAGGCGAUUGUCUGGCUCGGCUGUGUUUAGUCUGCGCCUUCGCCGCCGCCUCCUUCCCCGUCUUUCGCUCCCAUUUGGAGAAGGGAGCGCAAAGAGAGCGCGCGCGCCUCUCCAAAAGCAGCCGCCGCCGACGCGCGUCCCGCCGCCUUCAAGGGGGGCUUUCUGCGCCUGCCACGUCCAGGGGAGCAUGCCUGAGCCCCACGGAGAGCAUCAGUGCACCCCGGAGAGGGAUCGCCCAUAGCCGGUGAGUUCCCCCCCCCCCCGUUUGAUUUGGUAGGAGGGUCUCCCGCAUCGCUGCCCCCCAACCUUUCCACGCCACUUCUGGGCACCGGGGUCCGGAGUUUCCUCUCCUCCAGCUUCAGAUCGCUGCCCCUCCUUUCCCUGUCCCCCACCCCACUUCUCCGGGAGGGGCCGAGGCAGCUCAUCUGCUUGGCCUGCAAAAGGUCCCAGGCAUCGCCAGGUAGGGCUGGGAGGAGAGGGCCCUGCCUGAAACCCCCGGAGAGGGCUUGUGCUUUGUUCAGAACGAUGAGGACUAGAAACUUGCAUUGUUUAUGGGGAAAGGCUGCAGUGCGGUGGCUUUGCACGCAGGCGGUGCCAGGUUCGAUUCACGAUGGCAUCUCCGGGUAGGGCAUGGAGAGAUGCACACACACACCCUCCUGCCCGAAGCCCCGGAGAGCUGCUGCCGGCCCGUGUUGACAAUACUGAGCUAGAUAGACCAACCGUCUGACUCAGUGCAAGGCAGUUUUUUGUGUUUCUGUGUCAUUUCAAGAUGAUUCCCGCCUCUAAGUCUCUGUACCUGGAUGUGCUGCUUGGGGGACAUGAAUAUGUUUGACUGGGCUACAUUAUCCCCACCAGCUUUGACCCAUGCUUGGGCCCAAAGAGAAAGUGCGGGGAGAGAAAGAACCCAGGAGUCCGGGACCUCACAUUCCACUCCCCCACCACCACGAGUCUUCCCUCUGCUCACCCCUAACCACUAGGCUCUACUUCUCUUCUGAGCGAAAGAAGCCUGGGUCGAGUUUGAUGCUCUUUCUGCCCUGAGCAGACACAGUCAAACAAAGCAGGCUAGUUUUUAACUGCUGAUUUCAAUGUGUGUCUACUCAGCGUGGGAUAAACACUGCACCCCAAUAUUAUUUUAUCUGCCCACCUAGAACAUGGAAAACAAAAACAAGACAAAACCUCUAGUCGAUCUGCCCUUUUCCCCUUUCCUCUUUCCCCAGGGAGCUCAGACUGGUGAAUAAAUAUCCUUCUCUUCUGAAACUUAUUAAAGGGCAGGGAAUCUUGCACGUGACCCACCCACAGUCUCCAGUUUUUCUGCCUCCCUGUCCCUCCUUCCAAAGUUACAGGGAGGAAUCCUUUUCCCCUCGCAUGACUCCCGUCAUCCUGGCACAAGCACGUUCCUUUAUUGCUGCUACAUCCGUUCUUGUUUUAUUCCAGGAUUAGGUGGGUGACGGUCGCCUCCCUGAAUGUGACCUUACGCCAAGUCAAAAUGUUGGUCUGUUCAGCUCGGACUGGCAGUGACUCUUCAGACGCUGGGUAUCUUCUGUGUGUGCAAAGCAUAUUAUCAACCAGUGACUUUGUGGCCUUUCCCUUAAAUGUAACGCUAAGUUUCUAGUCCUCAUGGUCAAAUGUAUUCUGUGUUGUAAAGGUAAAGGGACCCCUGACCAUUAGGUCCAGUCGUGGCCGACUCUGGGGUUGCGGCGCUCAUCUCGCUUUAUUGGCCGAGGGAGCCGGCGUACAGCUUCCGGGUCAUGUGGCCAGCAUGACUAAGCCGCUUCUGGCGAACCAGAGCAGCGCACGGAAAAGCCGUUUACCUUCCCGCCGAAGCAGUACCUAUUUAUCUACUUGCACUGGCAUGCUUUGGAACUGCUAGGUUGGCAGGAGCAGGGACCAAGCAAUGGGAGCUCACCCCAUCGUGGGGAUUCGAACCGCCGACCUUCUGAUCGGCAAGUCCUAGGCUCUGUGGUUUAACCCACAGCACCACCCACGCAUUGCAGGGGGUUGGACUAGAUGAACCUUGGGGUCCCAAAUCUACAAUUCUAAUAAAGGCCUGAUUUAAAUGUGGAUGUAGGAAGCCACCUUGCGCUGACUCAGACCAUUGCUCCGUCCGGCUCAGCGGUGACUGUUUUUCCACCUCACUCCUUCCAGAAAUUUUUGUCUUAUGUCUCACGUAGGUUCAUUUCUGGCUUAGAUAUAUCUCUGACUAGUGAGGCCAUUCAGUUACGUUCCAAAGAACCUUUGCUUUCUUUCCUUUCUAAGCCGGGCAAACUUACUAGCUCUCAUGGUUCUAAGCAAUGAUAGAAGAUAGGCGGGUGGAAUCUCAGAAAGCCUCAGGGAGUUUCUGAAAGAGGUGCCCGUCUUUUAGAAGAGAAUCGGUGGCUCUCCAGACAUCGCUCGACUACAACUCCCAUUAUCCAUGACCGCUGGAUGCCCUGCAUGAUGGGAGUUGGAGUCCCACAAUAUUUGGAGAGUUCCCUGUCCCGCUUUAGAAGGCGGAUACUUCAGAGCCUUGCUCAUGGCCCCUUAUCUCUGCUCUCUGUGAAUUCCAGAAUAAUUCCUGGAAAGUAGUAAAAGCAGUUGCAUAAUAAAUUGGGUCAAGGCAACAGAGGUUUUGCUGGAAAUCUGCAUAAUGUAAACAUGCUUAUAUAAAGUGUAGUACAGGCAGCCCUCUUCCUGAGUUGUAGUACUCUGAAGGGACCCUGUUUGUGUGUGUGUAUAGUAGGGGAGGGAGAUAUAUAUAUAAAUUGGAACGUUGCCAGCCCUGACCCAAAUCUCUGCUCCAGUCCUUAAGAACCUAAGAAGAUCUUUGUUAGGUCAAAUGCCCAUCUAGCCCAAUAUCCUGACUCUGAAAGGAAGAAGCCACAAAGCUCACAAGCAACAGCUCACCCCUAGUACCUGGCCUUUGGAGGUAGACUGCGUCUGAAUAGGGAGGCUGCAUUCUCAACAGCCAUGGCUGUUUCUGUAAGGAGAGGCCUGCUGGAUUAACUCGUCCCCGUUUCCAGGAUGCCUGUAGGAAGCCCACUGUUUAUACCCCCCUCCAGGACAGGAACUUAAGAGGUAGACUGUCCCUGGACCAGGAAGCUCAGUUUAUUCACAACCCUGGUGGCUUCCACCCCCAGCUGUUGACCUCUCUUUCUGAAGCAAACCAAUGACCGCCCUCGUUCACCUAUUAGCAUAAAUUUCCCAUCAUGCACUUCCCCCAAAAUGCUUCAAGAGACUCCCCCCCCCCCCAAUCCAGUGCUGAGUGCAUCAAUGUUUGCAGUGAGUAAUCUGGUAUUCAGCUCAGAUAUGAUGAUGAUUUCAAUUUAUAUAGCACUCAGUUGGUUAGAGCGCGGUGCUGAUAACUUCAAUGUUGCAGGUUUGAUCCUAAUAAUAAUAAUAAUAAUAAUAAUAAUAAUAAUAAUUUAUUUAUACCCCGCCCAUCUGGCUGGGCUUCCCCAGCCACUCUGGGCAGCUUUCAGCAGAAUAUUAAAAUAUAAUAGUCUAUUAAACAUUAAAAGCUUCCCUUAACAGGGCUGCUUUCAGACGUCUUCUAAACGUCAGAUAGUUGUUUAUUCCUUUGACAUCUGGUGGGAGGGCAUUCCACAGGGUGGGCGCCACUACUGAGAAGGCCCUCUGCCUGGUUCCCUGUAACUUUGCUUCUCGCAGCGAGGGAACCACCAGAAGGCCCUCGGAGCUGGACCUCAGUGUCCGGGCAGAACAAUGGAGGUGGAGACGCUCCUUCAGGUAUACUGGGCCGAGGCCAUUUAGGGCCUUAAAGGUCAGCACCAACACUUUGAAUUGGGCCCCAAAACGUACUGGGAGCCAAUGUAGGUCUUUCAGGACUGGUGUUAUGUAGUUUUGGCACCCGCUCCCAGUCACCAGUCUAGCUGCCGCAUUCUGGAUUAGUUGCAGUUUCCGGGUCACCUUCAAAGGUAGUCCCACAUAGAGCGCAUUGCAGUAGUACAAGCGGGAGAUAACCAGAGCAUGCACCACUCUGGCGAGAGAGUCCGCGGGCAGGUAGGGUCUCAGCCUGCGUAUCAGGUGGAGCUGAUAAACAUAUAGGACAGUUGCUUAUUCCUGCAUUGCGAGGGGUUGGAUGAAAUGAUCCUUGAGGUCCCUUAUAACUGUGAUUAUGUGACUCUAUGAAAAUAUCCCCGGGCAUUUUACCACACUAAGAACACAUUUUACAGAGCAUAGUAAUAAUAAAACACAGCGGUACCUCGGUUUCCGAGCAUUGACAAACGUUUCGGUUUUCGAACGCCGCAAAUGCUCUGGUUUUCGAACGCGCCUCAGAAGUUGAACAUGAAACGCGGCUUCCAUAUUGAGUUUUCUGUUUUGAGGCUUCCGUACUGAGUUUUCGGCUUUCGAACGUUUUGGAACGCAAACGGUCUCCUGGAACAGAUUAUGUUCGGUAACUGAGGUACCGCUGUAAUCAUGUGAGCAUAAUCUUGCAAGCAUCCUCAGAAUGCCCCCUUUCGGUAAAAAGGAUCAAGUAAGUUUCUAGCCCUCAGUGGGUAGUGGAGAGCAAUAAUAUAACUGCUGGAUCAGGCUCAAGGGCCAUCUGUUCUCGCAUUGGCCAGCCAGAAAUCUUAAUGGGAAGCCCACAAGUGCGGACAAAGCUCAACAGCGUGCUCCCUGCAUGCGAUUCCCAGCAUACUGCCUCCAGCAGUGUAGUUAGAGCAUGGGUAGGCAAACUAAGGCCCGGGGGCCGGAUCCAGCCCAAUUGCCUUCUAAAUCCGGCCCGCGGAUGGUCCAGGAAUCAGCGUGUUUUUACAUGAGUAGAAGGUGUCCUUUUAUUUAAAAUGCAUCUCUGGGUUAUUUGUGGGGCAUAGGAAUUUGUUCAUUUCCCCCCCCCCAUAUAGUCCGGCCUCCCACUGGGUCUGAGGGAUGGUGGUUCGGCCCCCUGCUGAAAAAGUUUGCUGACCCCUGUGUUAGAGCAUAGCCAUUGGUAGCUUUAUCCUGCGUUCAUUUGCCUAAUCUUCUUCCAAAUUAUCCAUCCCAGUGUUUUGCUGUCACUACAUCUUGCAGGAGCACAUUUGCCGUAAAACCUGCGCUGUGUGUGUGUGUUAUCAGUGUUUGUGACAAAGUGUUUGGUAUUGAGCUCAGAGCUCAUCCACCAAAGGACGUCCCUUUUCAUUAAAAAAGAAACGAGCAAAUUUCUAGUUCUCAAGGCAAUGGAGAUAAGUUUGAAUCAUUUGGGAGGGGGUUGUUUUGUAUUCCCCCCCCUUCCAGUUCAUACUUGCCCUUGACACACAAAAACAAUCACGUGAAUUUUUUAAAGCCGUGUUAUAGAAUCCUUGAACUGUGGCAGGUUUUACCAGGUUUUCCCCCCCAACAGCUUGAAAUUGUUUAUGUGUGCUAAAACAUUUCUCUGAACUGUUGAGGGUCCCAUAAACACACCAUACAUUUAAAGCAUGUGGCUUUGCCCAAAAAAUCCUGGAAACUAGUUUGCCCCUUGCACGGCUACAAUUCCCAGCACCCUUAACAGGUCCCAAUAUCAGCCCUUGUGAGACUCUACUUUCCACAUCUCUCCAUUGGGAGCACUGUCCAUUUAUUUCUUCUCUCUGUUCCUUCUCUAGUUGCUGACCCACCAGCCCUCUCAUCUCAUGUUCCCAAAUAAUCAGGAGUCUUUGGUGUGUAGGACUUUAUCAAAAUAAUUUUUUUUUUUAAGCCCACAAUAAUGACUGGAUCCACCUCUAUAAGCUUACUGACACUCUCAAAACUCUCUCGGGUUGGUGUGACGGGACCCAUCCUUCAAGCAGCCUUGCUGGUUCUGCUUCAACAAGGCUUGUUCUUCUUCUGUUCACUAGUUACCGUAUUUUUCGCUCUAUAAGCACUCCUAAAAAGUAAGGGGAAAUGUGUGUGCGUCUUAUGGAGCGAAUGCAGGAUUCGCAGGCUAUCCCAGAAGCCAGAACAGCAAGAGGGAGAGCUGUGCAGCGCUCCCUCUAGCUGUCCUAAGUUCUGGCUUAGCCGUGCAAAGCCUCCGCAGGGCAUGGGGAGCCUUCAUCCCCGUGCCCUGCGGAGGCUUCAUGGGGCUAUCCAAAAGCCAGAACAGCUAGAAGAAGAAGAAGAGUUUGAAUUUGAUAUCCCGCUUUAUCGCUACCCGAAGGAGUCUCAAAGCGGCUACCAUUCUCCUUUCCCUUCCUCCCCCACAAUAAACACUCUGUGAGGUGAGUGGGGCUGAGAGACUUCAGGGAAGUGUGACUGGCCCAAGGUCACCCAGCAGCUGCAUGUGGAGGAGCGGAGGCGCGAACCCAGUUCACCAGACUACGAGUCCACCGCUCUUAACCACUACACCAAACUGGCUCUAGAGGGAGCGCUGCGUCGCGCGACGCCUCCGCAGGCUCUCUCACUUCCCCCACCUCCCGCAAAAGCCCCCAAGAGCCGCGUGGAGCGUGUGUGUGGCUCUUGGGGGCUUUUCCCCGAGGAGGGAGAAAGGCAGCCCAUCAGUGGCAGGCUGCCCUUCUCCCUCCUCGGGGAAAAGCCCGCAAGCACCGCACAUAUGCUCCACGCGGCUCGUGAAAGGGAGCGCUGAGCAGAGCCUGGAAUGCUGAGCAGAGCCCUUUAAAGAAUUUCCCCCCCCCUUGCAUUCCCCCUCUAAAAACCAGGUGCGCCUUAUGGUCAGGUACGUCUUAUGGAGCGGAAAACACGGUAAUUCUGUCUUCAGCAAGGCUUUCCACCAGUUUUCCUGAAUCUGGUUGUGGUUGUUUUUUUAAAGGAAAAAUUUUUAUUGCAAGUUUGUUUACUAAAAGAAUUUUGUAAGUUUAUUGACUAAAAGAGUUUCGUCAGCCAAAAAAAAAGGGGGGGGCUUCUGGAGCAUCUUACAAGUUCACGAAAAACAGAAAAGAAACCCAAUCUCUGUCCUCAGGUUUAUAAUCUAAUAAAACACAACACGGUGUUUUGAGUCUGGAGGCUGCCAGCCUUUUGAAACACUGCAUGGAGCAUUGAGCAGCUCUUGAAUAAAGUGUUCCUGUCCCAUAGCUUGAAAGAUUCGGACAAGCCAUUGUUUGUUUAUUGAUUUUAUUUUGUGAAAUUUAGACACUGCUCAAUUGUAAAAGAAAAAAGAUUAAAGAAAUCCAAGGUAGAGCUUGGUACUGAUAAUGCCAAGGUCGCAGGUUCGAUUCCUGUAUGAGACAGCUACAUUGCGGUGGGGUCAGACUAGAUGAUCCUCAAGGUCCCUUCCAAUUCUAUGAUUCUAAUAAAAUUAUCUCUCUUUUUUUUGUCUACUGUAAUUUUAACUUCUCAAAAGUCUUAAGCUGUUGUUGUCCAUUUUUCCUAUUGACGAUUUCAUUGCUUUAUCUCCUCCCUCCAGCAAACUGCUUUGAAAUAAAGUGAUUUUUAAAAAGUUAAAUUAGAAAUAGAUUAAAACACACACCAGUCUGGGCAGGCUUCUCUAAACGAAAACCUUUUUAGCCGAUGCGGAAAAGAAGGGAAGGGACCUGCCUGAUAUCAAGAGGCGAUGAGUUCCAAAGGUGGUACUCCAUUAAAAGAUCAAUUUCUUCUUUGGGGAAACUUGACGAAUUAUGUAUCUCCAUAUUAUUAUUAUUAUUAUUAUUAUUAUUAUUAUUAUUAUUAUUAUUUGGUGUGGGGGAGGCUGAUGGCUGUCUGCUUGGCUUCUCCCCCCCCGCCCCCGUCCAGAACAACGCUGCUCCCGCCAUGUCCUUGAGCCAGCCCAGCAGCAGCGAUGCGUGCCUGAGCAUUGUCCACAGCCUGAUGUGCCACCGGCAAGGCGGGGAGAACGAGUCGUUUGCCAAGCGGGCCAUCGAGAGCCUGGUCAAGAAGCUGAAGGAGAAGAAGGAUGAGCUGGACUCCCUCAUCACGGCCAUCACCACCAACGGCGCUCAUCCCAGCAAGUGCGUCACCAUCCAGCGCACCCUCGAUGGCCGCCUGCAGGUAAACCCGUGGCGCUGGGGUUUCUCGGGGUGGCACAGCCGGCGCAUGGGAACAACUGCGCCACCACCGCUCCACCAACUCAGCUAGAGGCAUUACCGUCUCCCCAGUGAGGCCACAGUCACACGACACAUUUAAAGCACUAUGAUACCACUUUAUUUAUUUUUUAAAUUAAUUUUUAUUACUUUUUUCAAAAAAUAGAAAUUAAACAAAGAACACUACGUAACACUGUAAACACACUUAUAUACACAUUUUCCAAAAUGAAAACUAAUAAAAAUUAUUUAUUUUUUUAAUUGGAUUUUUAACGAUGCCAACUACAUAGCCGCAUUUUGAGAUUUCGCCUCAUCCCACCACUGGGUCCUAAUUUCAACAUUUUCAGCUGCAUAUGAUAUCCUCGUCUAUGUUUUAUAUCUAUCCAUAUUACCCACCUUAUCUGUCACAUUGCAAGUGCGAUUAAAAUCCUGCUAAUGUUUUCAUCUGCUUACAGCGGUCUCCUAAGUAAGUUAUCAAUUUCCCCCAUUCUUUCUUGAAGUUUUUGUCUUCUUGGUAGCAGUUUAAACACCCAUGGCUCCCCCCCAAAGGAUUCUGGGAACUGUGGUUUGUUAAGGUUGCUGGGAGUUGUUGUCAGGUCUUGUCACAAAACUACAACUCCCAGAGUUGGUCCCUCUUCCCAGGGAACUCUGGGAACUGCGGUUUUCUGAGGGGAGCAGGGAUCUCCUGACAACUCCCAGCACCCUUAAGAAACUAAGGUUCCCAGGGGCACACGAAAUGCACCGUACAGUUGUAUUCAACUAAGUUCCAGCCUCCCCAAAGAAUCCUGGGAACUGUAGUUUGUUAAGGAUGCUGAGAGUUGCAAGGAGGCAUCACUUAUUCUCCCCACAGAGCUAUAGUUCCCAGAGUGGUUUAGCCCCUCUUCACAGGACCCUCUGGGAAUUGCAGCUCUGUGAGGGGAAAAGGGGUUCUCUGAACCACUCUCAGCACCCUUAACACGCUACAGCUCCCAGAAUUAAUGGGGUGGGGGAAGCCAUGACUGUUUAAAGUGAUGUAAUGGUGAUUUGAAUGGUUGCAUUAAUUUAUUUCAGCCAAUAACCAGUUGAGGAGGAGGGAAGAAAACAAAAAGACAGUAAAACACAGUAGGGUACAUUAAGUACAAUAUUAAAUAUAGGCAUUAGAAACAAUGUAAAAUAUAUAAAAAAAGUGGGGAAUAUGAAGUAAUUAUAUUAAAAUGAUGAGGAACAAUUUGAGGUGUCAGUAGUUCGGACAAGAUCCUGCGCCGAUAAGCUAUGGUUGCUGCACAAGAAAUCUAGGUAUUUUGGCAGUAAUCUCAGGAGACCGAUCAGUCGAAAGAUAAUCAAUAUUUGGAUCUUCCUACUUUGUAAAAUUGGAUUACCGUAAUGAAACGGUGGCAGAUAUCACAACAGAAAGAACAAGAAAACAUGCCCCACGAUUUCUAUUUAAAUGUAUGCUGUGGAUGCGUCUCCCAGGUGGUGGUUUGUACCUUAGGAUCAGAGUCUCUAGCUAGAAAUCUUGUUCAGGCUGAGGGCCGCUGUCCCUCCUGGGCCACCUUUGAAGGGCCACAUGCCACUGAGUGAACGGAGCAAUGAAUAUAAACAUUACUUUUGUGCGGUAGGCUAGUUCACUCGCUCGCACCCACUCCCCUCUUGAUGAAGGUUCAAUUAUGCACCCCAGCGCAGCAGGAGCACAAAGGGUGCACAGUGGAGCCCAGGAGAGGAUGGCGAGUUCAGAGCCUGAGGGUCCUCAUCCAUCCUCUAAAGCACAAAAAAAAGUGUGUCUAUGAGAGUUGCGUCAUUCUGCAUGCCAAGCAGGUGCUCUCUGCCACGGAGCUACAGCCUUACCCGCUGUGGAAAACAGCAUGUCUGAAGCAAGUUUUUCAGCAUCUAAAAUCUAGACGGAGCUUUGAACUUUCUAAACAACUUCGUUAUUGGAGAUCUUUUUUAAAAAAAAGAUCCCGUGUGGCCCAAAAGCUUGCACCUAUUUUAAACCAUUGAUGGGCCUUCCAGAUGUUGUAGGGUCAGGCUCCCAUCAUCCCCAGCCAGCAUGGCUGAUGGUCAGGGGCUGGUGGAGUUGGGAGUCCAGCAAUGUCGAUGGAGCGCCACAGGCUCUUUCAUAUCCCAACCAAUUAGGGUGGUCCACUCAAGAAAAAACCCCUCUUAAAGCAAUUCUUUUGCGUUGUCAGUGAAAGCACGCCCAUCUGUUUGUGUAUUCAAUUGGCUUAAUAAUGAAAUACAUUAAGACUACCAAUUGUGUCAUGUUAUACACACAUACACAUAAUAUAAAUAGAUAGUGUAAAUUAAAUAGUAUCAAAUAUAUCUCAAACACUUUAAUUUACAAUAUGGAAAUUUGAAUCAGUGUGUGGCCUCCUGUCAAAGGACUCUUGCUUCCCACUUGGUCUGAGAGGUUGGAUUUAUAUUAUUGUUUUGUUUAGUCGUUUAGUCAUGUCUGACUCUUCGUGACCCCGUGGACCAGAACACGCCAGGCACUCCUGUCUUCCACUGCCUCCCGCAGUUUGGUGAAUCUCAUGUUCGUAGCUUUGAGAACACUGUCCCACCAUCUCGUCCUCUGUCGUCCCCUUCUCCUUGUGCCCUCCAUCUUUCCCAACAUCAGGGUCUUUUUCAGGGAGUCUUCUCUUCUCAUGAGGUGGCCAAAGUCUUGGAGCCUCAGCUUCAGGAUCUGUCCUUCCAGUGAGCACUCAGGGCUGAUUUCCCUCAGAAUGGAUAGGGUUGAUCUUCUUGCAGUCCAUGGGACUCUCAAGAGUCUCCUCCAGCACCAUAAUUCAAAAGCAUCAAUUCUUCAGCGAUCAGCCUUCUUUAUGAUCCAGCUCUCACUUCCAUACAUCACUACUGGGAAAACCAUAGCUUUAACUAUACGGACCUUGUCAGCAAGGUGAUGUCUCUGCUUUUUAAGAUGCUGUCUAGGUUUGUCAUUGCUUUUCUCCCAAGAAGCAGGCGUCUUUUAAUUUCGUGACUGCUGUCACCGUCUGGAUUGAUAUUAACAUAUAUUAAUAUACGUUCUGACAUAUAUUAAUGGACGUUUCAGAGGUAUAAAGCAGGGUUGAGGAGCCCAAAGCCUUCCAGAUGAUAUUGGACUACAGUUCCCAUCAGCCCCAGCUAUCAUGGCUGGGGUUGCCAUAUUCCCAAAAGUGAGAGUCUGGACAAAGUCGUUGACCACCCUCCUCCCAUUUCUGUCUUAAACAAUGAGUGACCCAGAACUGCCAAGACCGACAGAUGUUUUGAACUACAGUUCCCAUCAUCCCUGAUCAUUGACUGUGCUAGCCAGGGGCUGAUGGAAGUUGUAGUGCAAAACACUCAGUGUGGGGGGCGGGACAAUAAGAGCAUCAGAAGAGUCCUGGAGAAGAUCCAGCCAAUGGGGGCCCAUCCAGCCCAGCAUCCUGUUCUCACAGCAGCCAAUCGGAUGCCCUAAUGCAGCGCUUCUCAACCUGUGGGUCCCCAGAUGUUGAUGGACUACAACUCCCAUCAUCCCUGAGCUCUGGCCUUGCUAGCUAGGGGUGAUGGGAGUUGUAGUUCAACAACAUCUGGGGACCCACAAGUUGAGAAAGGCUGCAAUGGGAAACCCUCGAGUUUGGCCAAGGCUAGAAAAGUGUGUGUGUGUGUGUGUUAUGUACUGAGUUGAAUAGGAUCCAAACUGCAGCAGUCUGAUUGGUCCUAGAACAAUAGGAUCCAAAAUGCAGCAGUCUGAUUGGUCCUAGAACAAUAGGAUUCAGAAUGCAGCAGUCUGAUUGGUCCUAGAACAAUGCAGCAAUAUGAUUGGUUGGCAGGAACCACCCAAUCCUGCUCCAGAUAGAAGUGAAUCCACAACCUGAUUGGCUUACAGUAGAAUUCCGGAAUUAGCCAAUCAUGUGCAACCCAUUGUGUAAAUAAUGUAUAUAAAGCAGAUACUGUGAGGAGACUUCCAUUCACUCCUCCUCACCACUAUGAGCUGAAUAAAGAGCAUGAAAUCACUUUGCGACUCUGAGUAUAUUUCUGUGUGUGUGUGUGUGUGUGUGUGUGUGUGUGUUACAACCCCUUGCUCUACAAAUAAGGAAGGAGAUUUAAGUCCAGGAGCCCCUGCCCCACAUCUCCCGGGGAUUGUUGAAUCCCUUCUUGACCUACUUUUUUGCCUUAGGAUUUUGCCUCUUGAAAUCGGAAAAAAUAAUAAUUACCGUGAUUGGGGUGGGGUAGCGGCGAUUUGAAUAUACUAUCGAUUGGCAAAGAGGUUUCGAGGCAGUUUGAAGUAUUAAACCAAUUAUAUUCCUGCGCGCACACAUCCCAUGAGGUAAAAGUAAUCUCUCUUUAGAAAACAGCAGUGAAGAUUUCUAACACAGAACCAUUGCAAAUCUAAAUAUAUGUUUGGAUUUUGUUGCUUUUAUAGUUAUUUGUUGUUAUUCUUUGCCGUUGUAAGUGUUUGCUUUUUUUAAUCUAAUACAACCUAGCCUGGGACCUUAGGGUGAAGGGUUAGGGUUAAUGAAUUAAAUUAAGAAUAAUAUUGGGGGGCGGGACAAGGAAAGGCGACAGCUGCGUCCGUUUUUUGGUCUCCUUAAAUCGGAGCCCACCCAAAGAGCGAAAAGCAAAUCCUUCUCAAAAGGCCUUGAAAUUUGGGAGGGAUUAUUGCUGGCUUGGAUGGAAGCAGCGUGUGUGUGUGUGUGUCCCAUUUUUGACCCCUGCCCAACAUAUCACCAGAUAAAGAGGACUCUUGAGGUUUCGUUUUGGGGGGUGGGGGGUCACCAACGCCUUCCCUUUUAACCCUCACCCCCAAACAAAUCUCUUUCUUUUUCUCUGCUAGCCACGCUGUGCCCCCUCCCUCCCUGUCUGCCCAGAGGAUGAGUCACUGUCUGGUUCUUGAAGCCGCGGGGAAAGGGAGGGGGGGCUGUUGUUAUGUCUGAAUUCAGCGUCAGCCAGAAACCGUAUGGGGAAAUAUGAGUGUGAGGGCCAAAAAUGAGUGUGAGGGCCCUGUCCACAACACAUGCAUGCACCGCCCCCCCAGGAAAGAAAGGAAGGUUCUUGCGGAGGGUGGAGGGGAUAAAACUACGCCUGUUUGUUUUGUAUUUUCUUGCAUCGAGUUGGAGGAAAAUGGGGGUUGAUUCCUUCUCUCCCUUUGCUGUGAGAUACAUGGAAUUUGCAGCUCUGGCAACAGGAGUGCCUGAGCAUUACGUUUAGGAGCACAAUUCAAAGCACAGCUGUCAACGUUUCCCUUUUUUCAAGGGAAAUUCCCUUAUUCCGAAUAGGAUUCCUCACAAGAAAAGGGGAAAGUUGACAGCUAUGAUUCAACGUCUUGGUGCUGAUCUUUAAAGCCCUAAACAGCCUCAGCCCAGUACAGUGGUACCUCGGGUUACAUACGCUUCAGGUUACAGACUCCGCUAACCCAGAAAUAGUGCUUCAGGUUAAGAACUUUGCUUCAGGAUGAGAACAGAAAUCGGGCUCCGGCGGCGCAGCGGCAGCAGGAGGCGCUAUUAGCUAAAGUGGUGCUUCAGGUUAAGAACAGUUUCAGGUUAAGUACGGACCUCGGGAACGAAUUAAGUACUUAACCUGAGGUACCACUGUAUACCUGAAGAAGCGUCUCCACCCCCAUUGUUCAGCCCGGACAUGGAGGUCCAGCUCCGAGGGCCUUCUGGCGGUUCCCUCCCAGCAAGAAGUGAGGUUACAGGGAACCAGGCAGAGGGUCUUCUCGGUGGUGGCACCCGCCCUGUGGAACACCCUCCCACCAGAUGUCAAGGAAAUAAACAACUAUCUGACUUAGAAGACAUCUGAAGGCAGCCCUGUUUAGGGAAGUUUGUAAUGUUUGAUGUUUUAUUCCGUUUUUAGUGUUCUGUUGGGAGCCGCCCAGAGUGGCUGGGGAAAUCCAGCCAGAUGGUUGGGGUAUAAAUAAUAAAAUGAGGAGGAGUCGGAGUUGGAGUCCUGUGGGGCUUUCAGUGGGGAGCUCAGCGGAGGAGUGUGCCAAGAUCCAGGCAACUCCACCCUGGCCGGAGCGUCUCCUUGACCCGAAUCGUGCUUCUUCCUUGCCUGGCUGCAGGAUGUGUGAGUGUGUUGAAGCCAGCCUACUCUACAAAGGCAACAUCUACAUUCAUAGACCUCCAUUGCCCCACCCACUUUGGACCUCUGGCCCCGCCCACCACUGCAAGGUGGCCCUCGGCAGAUGGGAACACGGCCCUCGGUCUGUAAAAGAUUCCUUGACUCUUCUCUAUGGGGUCAGAGGUUCCCCGGUCCAUAUCUGUCCUGCGUGUGAGUGGAGAGCCCAUGUGAAGCAAUGUCGGGUCUAGGGCCUGGAAAACACGGGUUCAAGUCCCCCCUCAGUCAUGAAACCUGCUGGGCAACUUGGGGCCAGUCACUGUCUGAAGCUACCUCUCAGGGUAGCAACCUCUCAGGGUUGCUGUGAGAAUGAAAUGUAGAGCGGGGUCGUGUUGAGCUCUUCAGUGGCAUAAAAAUGUAAUAAUAAAUAUGUAAAUAACCCCCUGCCGCACAGCAGAGGCCCUCGUGUCCUUUAAAUCUGCUCCAGGUGGGCUCCUCUUAACAUACCCUCCAACAUUUCUCCGAUGAAAAUAGGGAUGUCCUAUUCCAUGAUAACAAUGAUGACGUUAUUUAUACCCCAUACAUCUGACUGGGUUGCCCAAGCAACUCUGGACAGCUUCCAACAUGUAUAAAAUAAUAAUAAUAAUAAUAAUAAUAGUAAUAAUUUAUUAUUUGCACCCCGCCACUCUGGGCAGCUUCCAACAAAGAUGAAAAAUACAUUAAAAUGUCACACAUUAAAAACUUCCCUGAACAGGGCUGCCUUCAGAUAUCUUCUAAAUGUCAGGUAGUUGUUUAUCUCUUUGACAUCUGGUGGGAGGCCGUUCCACAGGGUGGGCACCACCACCGAGAAGGCCCUCUGCCUGGUUCCCUGUAGCUUUGCUUCUUGCAGUGAGGGAACCGCCAGAAGGCCCUCGGCACUGGACCUCGGCGUCCGGGCGUGGAGACGCUCCUUCAGGUAUAUACCUGAUGCUCCCUUCAGGUAUAUAAAAACAUAAUAAAUCGUUAAACAUUAAAAAAACAAAAUUUCCCUAUACAGGGCUGCCUUCAGAUGUCUUCUAAAGGUUGCAUAGUUACUCAGGGGUCACAUAACUCCAUACCCUCCCACAUUUCUCUGAUGAAAAUAGGGAAAAGUGGGACGUUCAUGGAUCAAAUCAGAAACCAAGGACGGCUUCUGUAAAUCCCGGACGGUCCCCAGAAAAUAGGGAGACUUGGAGGGUCUGCAUCUGCCCUCGCCAUCUCCGCUCCUGCGCUAACGGUGUCCUCUGCCAUCUUUCCCCCUUCCAUGUACCCCCUGCUCCCCGCAACCAGGUGGCCGGGCGCAAAGGCUUCCCCCAUGUGAUCUACUCCCGCCUGUGGCGCUGGCCGGACUUGCACAAGAACGAGCUCAAGCACGUCAAGUUCUGCCAAUUCGCCUUCGACCUCAAGUACGACAGCGUCUGCGUCAACCCCUACCACUACGAGCGGGUGGUGUCUCCGGGCAUCGGUGAGUGGGUCCCUCGUGGGUGGCGCCUACAGAAGCCGAGUAGCCCCACAGCUGCCUCAGUGGAUCUACUUCAGAAUAGGCCAAUGGGGUGUCAAGAGUGGGAGCUCAAGUUCGGGAACCCAAUGCGGCCCUCUGGGUCUCUCCAUCCGGCCCUCAAAACACUCCCUCACCGGCCCUCGCUUUGCACUCUCUCCUUGCACAGCUAGAUCACACCUCUUGGAUAGAGGAAAGCGAGGGUUGUGUGAAUGUGUGUAGCCUACUGUACGAAGGUAAAUUUCGCACCCCUUUUGCCUCUGCCCCCCCCACCCUCAUGUGGCCCCCAGAAAGUUGCUCAGAAUGGGGUGCGGCCCUUCGUCUGGAGACAGAGAGGAAAGUUUCUCUGCCACUGUUUCUGAGCCUCCUAACAUCACCUCUGCUCCCAAGGCAGGCAGGCAGGCAGGCAGGCAAAGGGCACUUGGCCGUUUCCACCUGCCUUCUUAAACGUAAAGGUAAAGGCACCGCUGACCAUUAGGUCCAGUCGUGGCCGACUUUGGGGUUGCGGCGCUCAUCUUGCAUUAUUAGCUGAGGGAGCCGGCAUACAGCUUCAGGGUCAUGUGGCCAGCAUGACGAAGCCGCUUCUGGUGAAUCAGAGCAGCGCACGGAAACGCCGUUUACCUUCCCGCCGGAGCGGUACCUAUUUAUCUACUUGCACUUUGACGUGCUUUCAAACUGCUAGGUGGGCAGGAGCAGGGACCGAAGAACGGGAGCUCACCCCGUCGUGGGGAUUCGAACCGCUGACCUUCUGAUCGGCAAGUCCUAGGCUCCGUGGUUUAACCCACAGCGCCACCCACGUCCCAUACCUGCCUUCUUACCUAUCUGUAAAUGGAAAUAUUCGACUCCACGGAGCACACAGUGGAUAUUAGCAGGUUGCUAUGCCAACCGAUCCAAAUUUAUUAUGCCCAGCCUGGCAUCUCCACCGACUGAAGAUUUGCCAGAACAGGAGGGCAGGAAUUAAAAUAAUAAUAACCUACAUUGUGUGCUCCGUGUUUUCAUUAUUCGGCCCCCCCUCCCCGCAACGAUACCUUAACUUACAGAUUUUCAGCAUAAGGUGUUUUCUGGAUGAGACAAUCUUCAAUUGCCCGGAGGCACCAUUUCCUUAAAUUCAUUCUAGUGUUGCUUUUUCAAACCACCUCAUUCAGAUGAAAACUGGCAGUGUACACACUCUGAGGCAACUUGACUGUAGCUGCUUUUCCAAACAAAAUAUUAAUUGCUCCUCUGAGAGAAAAUGUACUUUGCAUGCCCUUGGAAGGUAUUUAACCUUAGCUAUGUGUACACACGGGCCAUUUGUUGCGUGCUGUCUGGACAUGCUCAGAGGCAAUUCGGCCACAGUUCGACUUGAAAUGUAAUUUUUUAUUGUUUUGCUGAGGGAGAGUUUGUUUCUUUUUCUUACCCUUUGAAUAUCCCAACCCUACUUUGGGGCCCCUGAAAGGGCUCCCAAGCCAACUCUGCACAUGGUCAGAGGCACCCAUCGCGAGGCACUGGGUCGGGGGUGGGCCGCAGAAAAGAUGUCUGCCCAUGUCGUUUGGCCUAGGAGGUUGGCUGGGGAGAAGGGAGGGGGUUGGACCAGAAAGGGUCCCACACUGGCUCCUCGUUGAAAUGUCAGUCAAAUCGAGCCCCUAGGCUGGACAUAAUAAUAAUAAUAAUAAUAAUAAUAAUAAUAAUAAUAAUAAUAAAAUUAUUUAUACCCCGCCCUCUCCAGCCAGAGCCAGGCUCAGGGCGGCAAACACCAAUAAAAUUACAGCAAAAAAAUAAUAGGGGCGGGGGACCCAAUUUAAAAUACAGGUUAAAAUGCAAUUUAAAAUGCAGCCUCAUUUUAAAAGUGGCCCAUAGAUCAAAACCAUAAGGGGAGGGAAACAUAAGGGUCAGACUGAGUCCAAACCAAAGGCCAGGCAGAACAGCUCUGUCUUGCAGGCCCUUCGGAAAGAUGUCAAGCACAUUUCUGGCCUCAGAGAAUGUCAGCUGGAGCUCAUAGGAUAUAUAACGCAACCACUUUCUUUUCUCUCUCGUUCUACAGGACUGAACAUCCAGAAUACAGGUGAGAUACAAUCCUGCUUUGUUUUUCUGGAUGAUGGCCUAGGACAGGACUGGGGGCGGACCUCUGACCUUCCAGGUAUUGCUGAACAACAACAACAACAAUUUAUAUGCUAUCCAUCGGACUGUGUUGCCCCAGCCACUCUGGGCAGCUUCCAACAGAAUACAGUCGUGCCUUGAAUCUCAAACGCCUGGUGACUCAAACGUUUUGGCUCCUGAACGCCGCAAACCCGAAAGCGAGCAUUCCGGUUUGCAAACACUUUUGGGAAGCCGGACGUCCGACGCGGCUUCCAAUGGAGUGCCGGAAGCUCCUGCAGCCAACCGGAAGCCGUGCCUCGGUUUCUGAACUUUUUCGGAAGUCGAACGGACUUCCGGAACGGAUUCCGUUUGAGAACCAAGGUACGGCUGUAUACAAAAACACGACAGAAUAUCACAUCCUUAGAGCGUUCUGCCGAUGAUGCCAAGGCGGCAGGUUCGAUCCCCGCAAGAGACACCUGCAUAUUCCUGCAUUGCAGGGGGGUUGGACUAGAUGACCCUCGGGUCCCUUCUAACUCUGCAAUGCUAUAAUUCUAUGAAAAGCUUCCCUGUGCCUUCAGAUGUCGUUCUGAACAGCAGUUGCUGCUUCAGCCGGCUUGUUUUCUCCCGUCUUCACUGUGUUUGAGCCGCCUCCUCUUUCCGCCCCCUGCAGCGCCUCCCCCACGGCUCGUGAAAGAGGAAUUCAUUCCCGACUGCAUCCAGAUGGAGGUCCCGCCUCCUCCGCCGGCAGAUCACCCCGGCCCUGGGAUCAAGGCCGGUCUUCCUCAGGCAGAGCCCUACCAGCCCUUAUCGCCCCUGCAGCUUCCGGAACCGCCCCAUCCUACCGCUGGCAUCUACCCCGCAUUGCCUUUGUCUCCCCCAGGUAAGUCCUUUCUUUUUCUUUUUGGGGGGCAGCAGCAGGGAGGAAGGGAGACAUAAGGGAAAGGGAAAGGAACGGUUCUCGCCUCCUCUCAAGUGGGUUGGAUUUGUGAUGGGGAAAUGCAAUGGACCUGUGAAGGGGAAAUGCAAUGUGACUGGGAAAUGCAAUAUGUUGGGAAAAUGUUGGGAUCUGCAAUGGGGAAAUGCAAUACGAUGGGGGCAGUGCAAUGGAUCAGUGAUGGGGAAAUGCAAUAUGACGGGGAAAUGCAAUAUGUUGGGGAAAUGUGGGGGAUCUGCAACAUGGAAAUGCAAUAUGAUGGGGGCAAUGGAUCAGUGAUGGGGAAAUGCAAUAUAAUGGGGGCAGUGCAAUGGGCCUGCGAUGGGGACAUGCAAUGUGACUGGGAAAUGCAAUACGAUGGGGAAAUGUGGGGGAUCUGCAACAUGGAAAUCCAAUAUGAUGGGGGCAAUGCGAUGGAUCUGUGAUGGGGAAAUGCAAUAUGACGGGGAAAUGCAAUAUGACGGGGAAAUGCAAUAUGUUGGGAAAAUGUGGUGGAUCUGCAAUGGGGAAAUGCAAUAUAAUGGGGGGAAUGCAAUGGAUCUGUGAUGGGGAAAUGCAAUAUGACUGGGAAAUGGAAUAUAAUGGGGGCAAUGCAAUGGGCCUGCCAUGGGGACAUGCAAUGUGACGGGGAAAUGCAAUAUGAUGGGAAAAUGUGGUGGAUCUGCAACGGGGAAAUGCAAUAUAAUGGGGGCAAUGCAAUGGGCCUGCGAUGGGGAAAUGCAAUAUGACUGGGAAAUGCAAUAUAUUGGGGAAAUGUGGUGGAUCUGUGAUGGGGAAAUGUGACAUGUUGGUGAAAUGUAAAAGAGAAAUGCAAUGUGAUGGGGAAAUGAAAUGAAUCUGCAAUAGUAGCUUGCAGAUAAAAUUGAUCUCUCUCUCUCUCUCUCAUGCUCACUCUUAGGCCCUCCUGGGGGGCCCCUGCUCCCUCUCCUUCAUGGUGAGGGUCUUCUUCAGAUCUCCACCCCCUCGCACCCCCCAGCCCCUUCUCCGGCUCCCCCGAGCGCCCAGCAAAAUGGGUGUGCCCCCAAACUGCCCUACCAGAGUAAGUAUAGGGUGCCAUUGUCGGUCCGGGUGCAGGACGGAGGCGUUCAAAUGAUAAGCUCUCACCUGUUUCUUCUCUUCCUUCCCUGGGCCUCUGGAAGAUUCGACAACCAGCUGGACAGGGAACGGCGGCACCCCAAGCUACAGCUCCGGUGGGAGGAGCCAGGAGCCCACCCCGCCUCCGCUCCCCGCUCCCCAGCAGCAGCAGAACGGACGGAGUUACCCUCAGCCUCCUCUUCACCAUUCAAACCAUUACUGUGCGUCUUGGCAAGCAAAAAAGGAGGGGCCUGGGUGUCUGCAGCACUGUUUCGGUUCCACUGCAGUUCACUUUCUCAAAAAAAACCCCAAAAAACAGCAUUAUUCAUCUUGCUGCCCCCUGUGGUGGAAUCACGUAACUGCACCUGCAGUUAUACUACGUUAUACGGUCCUGGCUUCCACCAAAGAAUUCUGGGAACCGUAGUUUUUAUAAGUGCUGGGGCUUGUUAGGAGACCCUUGUUCCCCCUCACAGAGCUACAAUUCCCAAAGUGGUUUAUUCUGGGAAAUGUAGCUCGGGGGGGGGGGAAUUGGGGUCUCCUUUUAGCAACUCUCAGCUCCCUUGACAAAACUACAGGUUCCCAGGAAUCAGCUGGAGUCCAAGAACACUGUUGGAACUACAACUCCCAUCAUCUCUGGCCAUUGGCCAUGCUGACUGGGGGCUGCUGGGAGUUGGAGUCCAACAGUAGCUUUGAAGCUCACUGGUGGUUUAGGAAGCGUCUGUGGGCCAGGAGUCCUGGGUUCAAACUUCCGCGGAAUGAGUUACAGUGGUACCUCGGGUUACAUACGCUUCAGGUUACAUACGCUUCAGGUUACAGACUCCGCUAACCCAGAAAUAGUGCUUCAGGUUCAGAACUUUGCUUCAGAAUGAGAACAGAAAUUGUGCUCCGGCGGCGCGGCAGCAGCAGCAGGAGGCUCCAUUAGCUAAAGUGGUGCUUCAGGUUAAGAACAGUUUCAGGUUAAGUACGGACCUCCAGAACGAAUUAAGUACUUAACCCGAGGUACCACUGUAUAGUGAAUGUAGGAAACAGAAGAGCAAAGGUCUUGGCAUUCCUGUCCCUAUUUACCUCAAAACCCCUCCUUGCCUUAUAUUUCAGGGCCUGCCCAUCACGGUUCUCCUCCCUACCAGCCACCAGUCUCCAGUCACCCUGGUAAGGGACACAACCUCCCUCAUUUGACUUUUUCUCUCCCCCAUUCCCACAACGGCCCGGAUUUUUAAGAUGAAUGCCCGUCUCUCCCCAGGCCCUGAGUUCUGGUGCUCGAUCGCCUAUUUCGAGAUGGACGUGCAAGUGGGCGAGAUCUUCAAGGUGCCCGCCAACUGCGCCGUGGUCACUGUGGACGGAUACGUGGACCCUUCGGGCGGCGACCGCUUCUGCCUGGGACAGCUCUCAAAUGUCCACCGCACUGACACCAGCGAGCGCGCCAGGUCAGGGCAGUGGGGAGGGAGAGAUAUAAUAAUAAUAAUAAUUUAUUAUUUAUACCCCGCCCAUCUGGCUGGGUUUCCCCAGCCACCCUGGGCGGCUUCCAACAAAGUAUUAAAAUACAGUGGUCUGUUAAACAUUAGAAGCUUCCAUAAACAGGGCUGCUUUCAGAUGUCUUCUUAAAGUCUGGUAGUUGUUGUUCUCUUUGACAUCUGGUGGGAGGGCGUUCUACAGGGCGGGUGCCACCACCGAGAAGGCCCUCUGCCUGGUUCCCUGUAACUUGGCUUCUCGCAGUGAGGGAACUGCCAGAAGGUCCUCGGCGCUGGACCUCAGUGUGAAAGGUGCACACAGAGAGCAACAGGUUUCCAUCGCAAAAGAACCCUCCCGCUAUUUCUGAUGUUGAGGGGUUGACUGCUUAAGUGGCAGCGACCGGGCACAGAAUGGGGUUUAUCUGCAGGGUUCGUGGAGGAAGGCUUAAGGUUUGCGGAACGGCAACUUUAGCUAAACACCGAGCAGCACUGAAUCGUGGCUGUUGCAGCAAGCGGGAGUCAUUGACCGGCUGGGUGCUGAGGAGUGGUGGAAGGUACCAGCCGGGGAACCCCCAAGGGAGCCCCCAGGGGAAGAAGGCUCAGAGCCCGGGGAUUGGUGGUGGGGUGAAGAUGAGCUGUUGGAGGGAGCAGACUGGUAGGAGGAGGUGUCGGAAGCAGAAGAGGCAACAGGCUUUGGCGAGCAGGGAGAAUCUGUGGCAGAGAGGAGUCCAGAAGCAGAGGCAGAAGCAGAAACUGGAUGUCAGGAGUGCGUGCAGGAGCCAGGCCCUGUGACCGGUAGGGCUUCGCAGGACUGGGGCUUUCCUAAGUUUGUUCUGAAGAGGGAAGGCGCGGCCGCACAGGUGAGGCCGCUUGGUAACUCACAGCACCAGGUGGCAAGAGCCGGGAAGGGAUAUAAGGUCAGCAUUUCCCUUUGGCUCUUGGCCACAGCAACACGUUCCCUGCCUUGCUACGUUUGGCUCCUUGAGUCCUUGCUUCCUGACCCUCCGACCCUUGGCUUCUUGACUCCCGGGUCUCUGACCCUUGGCUUCCUGACUCCUGGCUUCCGGACUCCCUGCUCCCACCCUGCCGUCUUGCCCCCAGUCCCGACAUCCUCCACCAGGACUGUGACACUGGAGAGUAGGAAGGCCAAGAGGCAGAGAUGAGUCAGGCUGGUCUCCCUCUCCUGCUGUAACAAACUCUCCUCUCCUCUGGUCUCCCAGAACCAGAAGAGGCAUGAAAAGGGUGGAGAAGAAGUUAGCUUUGCGCAGGCACAGUCUCAGAUUGCUUGGGGGAAACCUGAGAAAGGAGAAGGCUUAGGGCAGCUGUGGGAAGGGGGGCCUUCAGUCUCUGCAACUGCCUCCUAGGGGCAAGACCCACCGAAGAAUUGCUGUGGCACUCUUUAGCGGAUUCUGUGGCAGAGAGCAGUCCAGAAUCAAAGCGGAGGCUGGAGAGGAAUUGGGGCAGGUUGCUGUGACACACACAGAAAUGAAAAGAUAAGAUAGUUGUGUGCAGACAUGGUUUGAGACUGCACGGAAAAAACCCCGAGAAAGGAGGAGCCUUAGAGAGGGAUGGGAAGGUCUUUGCAACUGUGUUGUUGGGGCAAGACCUCCUAGAAAGAGUUGCUGAGACCAUUAGGCCUGAGCUGUGGUUCGUCUCCUGGAAUAUAGAUUUGCCGUAUUUUUUGCUCUAUAAGACUCGCUUUUUCCCUCCUAAAAAGUAAGGGGAAAUGUGUGUGCGUCUUAUGGAGCGAAUGCAGGCUGCACAGCUAUCCCAGAAGCCAGAACAGGAAGAGGGAUCGCUGCUUUCACUGCGCAGCAAUCCCUCUUGCUGUUCUGGCUUCUGAGAUUCAGAAUAUUUUUUUUCUUGUUUUCCUCCACCAAAAACUAGGUGCGUCUUAUGGUCUGGUGCGUCUUAUGGAGCGAAAAAUACGGUAAUUUCACUGGCCCCGAGUGAUUUGUUGUUGUUGUUUUGCUGACCUCCCCCUGGCAGUGGGGGAUAGGGAACCAGGCAGGAAGGGGAACUGGAGUAUUCUAUUUUCCAGGCUGCACAUCGGGAAAGGAGUCCAGCUGCAGUGCCGUGGGGAAGGUGACGUCUGGAUGCGGUGUCUCAGCGACCACGCCGUCUUUGUACAGAGCUACUAUCUGGACCGGGAGGCUGGGCGUGCUCCGGGGGAUGCUGUGCACAAGAUCUACCCUGGCGCCUACAUCAAGGUCAGGGCGGGUGCUGGGUUUUUUUGAGGGCCUGGGAGCAAGAGGGUUGCCAAGGGCAAAUCUAACAGGGAAGGACCAUAGCUCCGAACAUCUGCUUUGUGUACCGAAGGUUCAAUCCCCAGCAUCUCCACAUAGGGCUUGGAAUUGUCCCUUGCCUGGUACCCUGGAGAGCUGCUGCCAGACAGUGUAGGCAGUAUAAAGCUGCAUGGGCUGUUAGUUUGACUCAGUAUAAAAUAAAGAAAACUUAAAAGCAAUGUAACUGAAUCCUGUGUCUGAAUAGGUUUGCUGGUGUCUGUGCACACCACAAGUACCUCUGCCUGUCUAAUUAUUAUUAUUAUCAUCAUCUUAUCAUUAAUAUUGUCACCUUGCCACCUUCCUGGUGGUACGGAUUGUCAGCUGCUAUCCUUCCUGAGCAUCACUCGCAGCAGGUGCUGAAGUUUCUAACACAGAGUCCCCGCUCCUUCCUUUCCAUGCAGGUCUUUGACCUUCGCCAGUGCCACCGCCAGAUGCACCAACAAGCAGCGACAGCGCAGGCGGCAGCGGCGGCUCAGGCAGCCGCUGUGUCGGGGAGCAUCCCUGGGCCUGGCUCCGUGGGGGGCAUCGCACCAGCUGUGGGUAAGUGCCAAGUGGAUUCACCCCCACUGAGGUGCCCCCAGAUGCUACUUCCGACUGCAGUAUUCUGGGUAUGUCUGGGAAAUCCCGGGCGUAUGGCAACCCUACGAAGCGGGGGGGAACUGUGAAGCCAGCCAAUGCCUCUAUGGAGCUCUCCGUCCUUAUUUUAGACACGGCAAUAUAUCGGUACAGUCAUAGCUCGGGAUACGUACGCUUCAGGAUAAGUAUUUUUGGGUUGCGCCCCGCGGUGACCUGGAAGUAACGGAACGCGACUACAUGGAAUUGGCAGAAAUGACUGGCAGAAUCCGAGACCAGGGAGAAGAGUCGGUGAAAGAAGACUGGAAGAAAUUUAAAGACUAUUUACAGAAAUAUUGUAAAAUUAAUGAAUCUUAGAAGGAUGUUGGAUAGAAACUAAGUGGUUUCCAGCUGUAAUGCCUUAAGAGAUACGAAAAAAGGUUUACAAAUGGGUAAAAGCUUAAUGGUAAGGAUUUGCUGAACUAACAAACUGAACUGGAAUACAAAAAAGGGAGGUACGAGGAGGUCCGGGGAAAUAAGUGUAAGGAAGAUAUGCUAUGGAAAAUUAACGUGUUUUUAACUGUUUUUAUUUUGUAUGGUUUUUUUUUCUUCAUUUUUUUGUUAUAUCUUAAAAACUUUAUUCUUUUUUCUGUAUUUUGUAUUUUCUUGUAUUUUUAUUUUUUGUCUUUGUGUAAUUCUUGUAUUCUUUGAAACUUUAAUAAAUAUCAUUAAAAAAAAAAGGAAGUAACGGAACGCGUUACUUCCGGUUUUCGCCACUCGCGCAUGUGCAGACGGUCAAAAUGACGUCACACGCAUGCGCGGAAGCGGCGAAACGCGACCCGCGCUGACGUGCAGUUGCGUCUUACGUCCUGUUCAGGAUGCGAAUGGGGCUCCGAACGGAUCCCGUUCGCAACCCGGGGUACCACUGUAUAGCGCAAUGUUUAGCUGGUGAUCUAUCACGAUGUUGAAAAACAGGUAUCACUCAGCAGUAGCUGCAGCCGCAGCCAAGCCUUGCACUCUUCCCUUUCUUUCCCUCCAGGCCUCUCAGCGGCAGCCGGCAUUGGCGUUGACGACCUCCGCCGCCUGUGCAUCCUCCGCCUGAGCUUCGUCAAGGGCUGGGGGCCGGACUACCCCCGCCAGAGCAUCAAGCACACUCCCUGCUGGAUCGAAGUCCACUUGCACCGAGCCCUGCAGCUGCUGGAUGAGGUCCUGCACACCAUGCCCUUGGCUGACCCGGGCUCCAUCAACUAGAUUAAAUUGCGAGGCAAGGAAGACGGAGAGGUUUUCGCCCAUCCCGCAGCCUCUGGGGUUUGCAGAGGGGCGGGGACUGCCGUCGGCGCUGCGGAGGAGGCCCUGGUCCCCACGCUCAUGAAAGCAGUGGGGGCAAGUUCCCUGGAGUCCCCAAAAGGACGGAGACGGCGGAAUUUGCCCUUGAACAUGCCCUGCCACCUUUCGAAGGGGUGCCGCGACUUUCUCUGUUCCCAGACCAGCGGCGGAAUGAAUGACUUCGAAGCGGGUCACCUUUCCGGCCAUCUCAAAGGACUGGUCCUUUUCUCGCCAGCUUUUCUCUCCUGAGCGCCAACGACCCGGUUGCGGCUCGGCUGAGCAGCUGAGAAUUGCCGGAGAAUCUCCACCCCCCCACAUCUGAAAAUCUGGCUCUUAGAGACUUUCUUCUAGGAGCCGGUCCUACCGCUAGAUAGAGGGAGGCAGGUGCUUCUCAGGUGGCAAAUGCUGGGAGGCGGGAAUGGCAGCGAGGAUGUGUGAGUGCAGAGCUGGACUUGCAGGAUGGGCUCCUUCGCAGCCCCUUAGCUAGCCUCCUCUCAGUUGUUGCUGCCCUAAGAGAGGAUGGUGUGCUAUCGCCAGCAUUGAAGAGAAAUCCAACCGCCGGUGAUGCUUCCCAGCACGCGAAAUGGAGGGAGCCAUAUUGUCCUUUGCCCUGACGUGCAAGGACAUAUUUGGCCAGCUCUGAUUUUUAUGCUUUAAAUCCCCAAACGGAGGCUGCAAUAUAUGACUUUAAUCAGUUAAAGUAAUCGAGUCGAACGAUGCCCCUGACAACUCGGAAAGGACAAAAAUGAAGCCCUUGCAAAUUUGGGUGUGGGGAACCUCUGACCCUCUAGAUGAGGCUGAAUGGCAACUCCUAUCUGCCCCAGCAAGCAUUGCCAGGGGUGAUGGGAGUUGUAGUUCAACAAGGCCUGGAAGGUCAAAGAUUUUCCUGCACACACACCUAUUAUAAAGGGUUGCAAUCAACGAACUCCAACUCAGAGUAGGCCCGUUGAAAUCUGCAGGCUUUCAUUUGUCAUUCCUGUUGAUUUCAAGUGGUCUUACUCUUCCGUGGGACUUGUAUCCCCCCACAUCUGCAGGUGGGGAGCACAGUCACGUCGUAAUGAAACCUCUAAAAUGUUGUCUGCCAAGAUGCGGUCAUGCAUCAUCUGGAAACCAAGCCAAAAUGUUUGCUUCUAGACUCAGAAGCAGUGUUUCCCUAUCCCAUGCAGAUUCCGUCUAGUGAAUGUCGCAGGAUCUAUUAAUCUAGAUUUCUUGAAUCUACUGGGUUGCAGUUCAAAACACCAAAUAAUUGUGCUGGGGGGCGGGGACCAAAAGCCUAACUGAUCAAACAACCCAUUUCAAAUCUCUGGGGUUUGCCACCCAAACUGGACCUCUUAUCUCUGUGGGAGGCAGCAAUCAGCCUUGGUCCUCAAAUUCUGCCCCACGACAUAUCCGUUGGUUAGCUGGUUGGUUCCUUCCUGUGCCACUGCAGACUUAACUGGAGCUAUGUGCGUGGGGCCAAUUCUGCAGGAGCUCAGGAAAACAGGUUGAACGUGGUAUCAAGGCGUAGCCUUUCUGGAAAAAUUCAUCUUUUGUGGCCAAGUUUCUAGCCCUUUGUGACUGUGAGGGUAAGCAGCAGGGUGGUGGGGGAAUGGUGUUUUAAGCUGCAUGACCUUCUAUGAAGAUUGCAGGCUCUUGACUGGCUUGGGAGCAGAAUCACAGAGUUGGAAGGGACCCGGAGGAUCAUCUAGUCCAACCCCCCUGCAAUGCAGGACUAUGCAACUCUCGAACCCGCAACCUUGGCAUCGAACCCGCAACCUUGGCAUUAUCAGCACCAUGCUCUAACCAACAGAACUGUCCAGACUGACUUAUGGAAUGGCUUCUAUGCUCAUGACAGACCUGCCAACCAAUCACCAAUCUCUGGUGGUGACAGGCACCAGCUCAACUGGUGCAGCCCCUUUUUCUUAGCAGGGAGAUGAGGUUAUGGGGGCAAAGCCUCGUAUAUAUUUCUGGCCGUCAGGAAAGCCAGGAGGGGUUUAUGUAGUGUGAUUGCUUUCCUUUUUUUUUUUUUUAACAGACGUCUAGUUUGCCAAAAUUCAACAGCCGCAGCUUUGCUCCUUAGGCAGGUUGUGUGUAAAAGCUGUACCUGUUGCACUUCUGCCUGCUACUCUGACCAAAAAAGGCACAUGAGCCCUGAAAAUGGAGGGAAAGUAGCUGUCUUCAUUCUGCUCCUCUGCUCCAUAGACCUGUGUGACGGCUGCCUAGGUCUUUCCAGCAGAUGUCACUCAUGUUGUGACAUCCCCCUGUCUAUCUGGGACCGCUUACAGUAGAGCAGAGCCACUUGGUAGCUGGAUCCUGGACUGCAUAAAUCCAGGAGCAGCUAGCAUAGCCCCCUCCAGAUGUGGCAAGAUUAUAAUCCCAUGCUGGGGAAGACUGAUGGGAUAUGUAGUCCAACAACAUUGCAGGGCGCCAUGUUGGCUACCCCCAGCACAAGUAACAACAUAUGUUGCUCCCUCCUCAGAGGGAAGUCUGAUACCUUGCCAACACCCCUGCAAAAGACUGCACCAAACACCCCCCAUCAGCCAUUUUGUUGUGAGGACAGAGGGGAACGGUGCCACGCUGAACCGGAUUUGCCAAGGGAGAUCCACUGGGAAGAUCGGAUGUGAUCACCCCAUCUCUUGACUCAACAACGUUGCCAACUUCCUGACGGGCCUUUGUAGCUGCGUCUUUUAACCAUGGCUUGAUCUGAAACGAACAAACCACACAAAACACUGCAGAUGAUUUUUUUCUUAAUUUCUGUGCUGUGAGGACAUUUCACCGACGUUUCUGUAGACGAGGGGGGACUUUAAAGGUACAGGAGUGGAGCCCCCCAGAAUGGUUUUUAUAUAUUCCUGAUAAGAGGGCAGCCUUAUACGGUCCUUGUGUCUUGCACAGGGCACGGCACUCAGCCAGGAACAGAUUAAGACAGCUUUUGCCAAAGUGGUGGGAGCCCUCUCAAGACGUUUUGUUGACAGGCCCAGCCAGCGCUUUUGGAGAGGGCAUCAGGUCAGCAAAGGCUGGCUUAGGGUCUCCAGUCCCGGGCCCAAUCCUGUGGUUUCGGGCCUGUUAUUUCGCACUGACAUUCCUCUGUAAUGCACUUGUUUGAUUCCUCUUGUUUCGCCUCUGACAGUUCUGUUGUUUUUAGUAACCAUUAUUUAAAGGAGAUUUUGCUUUUCACGUGGCUUGUGUUUCACUUCUCAUGGUCAAAAAGGCAGCUGGGCUUUACCUUUGGG